AUGUCCACCAAACCAACCAUCUUCAUCAUCGGCGGCACCGGCGCCCAAGGCAUCCCCGUGAUCAUAGGCCUCGUCCAAGACGGAGCCUACGCCGUCCGAGUCCUCACCCGCGACCCCAACUCCAGACGCGCGAAACACCUCCUCACCCUCAGCCCCGACGUCAGUCUCAUCCCCGGCACUUUCACCUCCGAAGCUGACCUCCGCGCCGGCUUCCAAGGCUGCUGGGGCGCCUUCAUCAACAUCGACGGGUUUGCAACCGGCGAGGCAAUGGAAACCUUUUGGACCUACCGCUGCUAUGAACUCGCCAUUGAGUGCGGAAUCAAGUUUUAUGUUCAUGGUAAUCUUGACUAUGGGUACAAGCUCGGUGGGUAUGACGCGAGGUUUCGGUGCGGUCACUAUGAUGGGAAGGGACGGAUGGGGGAGUGGAUUCUGAGUCAGAAUGCUUCCAACAAGAAGAGGAUGAAGGCUGCGCUGUUUACGACUGGGCCGUAUAUCGAGAUGGCGCUUGCUCCGUUUACACCUAUGGCGCCAAGGGUGGAAGUUGAUGAGGCUUCGGGGGAACAGGUGGUGACUUGGAGGGUGCCGUUGGGGGAGAAGGGAGGGGUGCCGCAUGUUUCGUUGGAUGACUGCGCGUAUUAUGUCAGGUGGCUGUUUGACAACCCCGAGAGGGCGGAUGGGAUGAACCUGGCGGUGGCGGUUGAUCACAUCCACUACUCGGAGGUGGCCAGCGCUUUUGAGAAGGUUACUGGACACAAGGCCAAGCAUGUUGAUGUUGAUCUCGAGAUGUACUUUUCAACUGGGCAUUGGGGUAUGACCGCCUCGCUACCCACUGGAUAUACGGUGGAUAGUACGAGCCCGGCACUUAUGAACCUGAAGGACAACUUCACCGGGUUUUGGAGAUUAUGGCAGGGGUCUGGAUCGAAUCAGGGUGUGGUGAAGAGGGAUUACGCCCUGCUGGACGAGAUCCACCCAAACAGGAUCAAGAGCGUGGAGGAGUUCUUCAGAAGGGAGGAUGACAAGGCAAAGGCAGACGGACGGGGAUCGCUAUGGGAGGCUGUUGCCAACCCAAGGCCUAUUCUCAAGAUUCACCAGGACGGCAGUUUGCGAAGUGCCCAGAAGGGUCGCAUGUAA